AUGGACAUGAAUGUGUCAGCGCGUUGUGCUUUGUUUUUAUUUCUGUUGGCAUUUGUAGAUUUGAAAAUAGUCUCUGCGGCAGAAACGGGAGGAACAUCUACAGGUGAGUUGUGACAAUUUGCUGAGUUUUUUUAAGAAGCCUACUACACUUGACUUAGGUGUUAUAGCCUACCUAUGUGGUUAGAAACACUAGCCUAUAAUAGUGCAUAGGCCCUUUUGCAACCUAUUUUGUUGCUAUCUUACUAAAAAUUCAAGCCAGCCAUUAUGACUUAAAACAAUCCAGCCUACACUUGGCAAUUUUACGGCCAUUUUAUGCAUACAAUGUAAUUUUUAAAAUAGUUAUUUCAACUAAUUAUUAUUCAGUAACUGGUUCCACAGCCAUUUUAAGUUUACUCAACUUUUCGAUCAAAGUGUUACCUGAACAUAACAUUUCUAAUUGUCCAAACUUAGCUCCAACUUGAGAAAACUUAUGCAAAAAUUCAGUCAACAUAAAAUGAUGUGUUUGUUCAACUUGUCUCAUAUGUUCUGUAAACUAGAAGUUAUUAUUUGGGCAUCUUAAAGCACUGUUUGUGUGUCUGUGUAUAACCAGUUGCACAGACCUUUUUAGUUAACAUACAAUGUUUGAUUGUGAGUGUUCAGAAGGCUGUCAUGCAUUUUCAAGGGUGGUAUUUACAUUUACAUUUUAGUCAUUUAGCAGACGCUCUUAUCCAGAGCGACUUACAGUUAGUGAGUGCAUACAUUAUUUUAUUUUUUUCAUACUGGUAUGGGUAAACAUUGAUGAUGGGGGCCAAAUGUCUCCAAAAUGAUUAAUUUGACACUAAAUUAUUUAGGGUAUAGUCUACAAUCUUUCCAGAGAUGCAAAUGCCGACUUAUCGUAACCAUCUCCACACAAACAUGACAGAUUUUCAGAAAAUGGUUCAGUCUAAUUAUGUCCAUGUUCAUGUCUCUUUGUGGAAAGUUGGGUUCCUUGACAUGUCUGUUCAAAUUGUGUUCCCAAAGCAAAGCCUGGAGUGUGCCCUCGUACACGAUGGGGCAUAGGGCUAUGUGUAAAUAUAUGUUCCACUGACAGUGACUGCCCCAAUGAUGAAAAAUGCUGCCACAAUGGAUGUGACUGCAUUGCACCUUACACAGGUAGGUUAUGGUCCCAAAGUGACAGAUACACCCGUCCAUUGCAUUAAUUAUUGCUGCUUUACUCUGGAAACAAGAAAGCUGGAGCUUGUAAAGUACAUUUCAUACACAUAGAUCAGUAUAUUUCACAUCCACUCUCUUUAGAGCUGAGACACUCAAUUAAGAAGAUUUCCAAGAGCCAUGCAGGCUUAUUGAGUCUAUAUUAAUGACCCUGAGCAUUCCAGCCAUAGAAUUAGAAAGAUUCCAUGUCAUUGUAAUAGUAAGACUUCAAUGGGAAGAGUCAGUAUAGGCUGACAAGUUGCUACCAUAAACCUAUUUGUAAUGAUGGGGAAAUGUAAGAUCGCUAAAGUUCAUAUUUAGUUUAGAGUGAUCAACACAAUGUUUAACAUAUACUGUUUCUGUACCACACAUAAUUUCCAGUGUUCUACUUAUGAAACUCAAGGUGUGGGUUGAUGGUCACUAGACUUGAUGCUGAAUGUUAUGGAUUGUUCUCAUAUCUGUUGAUAGUGAUUGACGCCAGACUGGAGGUCCAAGUAUAAGGACCGAGGACACACUGAUUAUUCACUGUUGUAUUGUAUUGAUGACAUUCUGUGAACACUGUGUGAUUCUGUAGCUCCUACAAUUGCAAAUGCCUAUUUAUCGUAACCAUCUCCAUACAAAUAUGACAGAUUUUCAGAAAAUGGUUCAGUCUAAUUAUGUCCAUGUUCAUGUCUCUUUGUGGAAAGUUGGAUUCCUUGACAUGUCUGCUCAAAUUGUGUUCCCAAAGCAAAGCCUGGAGUGUGCCCUCGUAGACAUUCGGGCAGAGGGAUAUGUAUAGAGUUAUGUUCCAAUGACAGUGACUGCCCCAAUGAUGAAAAAUGCUGCUUCAACGGAUGUGGGCAUGUCUGCAUUGCAUCUACACAGGUAGGAUAUGGACACAAAGUGACAAAUACAGACAUCCAUUGCAUCCAUUAUUUCUGCAUUACUCUGGAAACAAGAAAGCUGGAGCUAGUAAUGUACAUUUCAUGCAUAUAGAUGGAUAUAUUUCACAUACACUCUCUUUAGCGCUGUGACACUAAAUCAUAUCCCGUUCAAAGGCACUUCAAUCUUUUGUCUUGCCCAUUCACGCUCUGAAUGGCACACAUACACAAUCCAUGUCUCAAUUGUCUCAACACUUAAAAAUCCUUCUUUAACCUGUCUCCUCCCCUUCAUCUACACUGAUUGAAGUGGAUUUAACCAGUUAUAUCAAUAAGGGAUCAUAGCUUUCACCUGGAUUCACCUGGUCAGUCUAUGUCAUGGAAUGAGCAGGUGUUCAUAAUGUUUUGUACACUCAGUGUAUAACACAUUGUGGUUGAUAAGGUGAUGCAAAUGCAUAUUUCAGGGAAAGGGAAUUUGGGAAUAUAUAAUAAUAAUAUAAUAUGCCAUUUAGCAGACACUUUUAGCCAAAGCGACUUCCUGUCAUGUGUGCAUAAAUUUUUACGUAUGGGUGGUCGCGGGGAUCGAACCCACUACCCUGGCGUUACAAGUGCCAUGCUCUACCAAUUGAGCUACAGAGGGAUAGCAACAUAUGCUACUUACUAUACAGCAAUUCACAGAACAUUAAGAUGACAAUUUGUCAAGGGCCACCAACAAGAUUCCAACUCAUUGUAAUAGUAAGACUUCAAUGGAAAGAGUCAGUGUACGGAUUAUUUCCAGAGUUCUACUUGUGACACUCAAGGUGUGGGUUGAUGGUCACUAGACUUGAUGCUGAAUGUCAUGGAUUGUUCUCAUAUCUGUUGAUAGUGAUUGACGCCAGACUGGAGGUACAAUGGCAGAGGACACCCUGAUUAUUCACUGUUGUAUUGUAUUGAUGACAUUCUGUGAACACUGUGUGACUCUGUAGCAGCUGACAAAGUCACUGCAUGUUUGUUUUGACUUCCUACAAGCCUCUAGAGCUGGAGUUUACAGAACAUUUGGUGCUGUCUGAUUAGAAUAUAAAGGGCCUGUCUCCAAGAAGCCAGUUAGACAUUUUCUCUGUUUUUGUCCUGGAAGUGUCUCCCUGUUGCAACUUGUAAUAAACAUUAAUGAAAAAUUAUUAUUAUUAACCCAUCCACGUCUUCGAAGGACACAUAUCUUUUUUGGUUUUUACAGCUUUUCAUACAUACAUUUUACACAUACAUUUUACAUACAUUUUACUUUUAUAUGGAUAGAUUUAUUAUGGAUAGAUUUGAUUGACUUAAUCUGCUACUUUCUCGUUUGUUUACCUAGAAAUUCCUAUUACACCUAUGUUUCUACGGUGUAACUGACCGCUUUUUCUCUGUUACCAUAGUGAAGCCCGGUCGCUGUGCCCUGCCCAAGGGGACCUAGAUGUGUGCCGAGUACUGUUACCAAGAUGGCCAUUGCCCCGAGGAACAGAAGUGUUGCCGGAUAUUCUGA